CUCUCCCGUUCUCUGGACACGGCGGCGACGAGCAGCAGCGCGCGGCGGCCAUCUGCAGGCGCGAACUAGCCGGCGAGCGGCGGCACUACAGGAACGGCGAGCAGCGGAGGAGGUAGUCAACCAUGGUUUUCCUUCAGGCGGAGAUGUGUUGGAAUGUUCUGAUCCCUGCUGACCAGCUGAGCCCCGAGGGUCUGUUGCUCCGCAAGUCCAUCAUCGUGCGUCUUCUGGAGGACAUAACAAACAGGAAAGCCUCCAGGGACCAUGGCUACUACAUCGCUGUCAAUGAGCUGAAGGCGAUAUCUGAAGGGAAAGUUCGUGAGCUGACCGGAGAUGUCCUUUUCCCGGUCACAUUUACCUGCAUCACCGAGAAGCCCAUGAAGGGUGAGAUCUUAGUCGGCUCUGUGGAGAAGAUCCUGAAGCACGGUGUGUUCCUCAAAUCUGGACCGAUGGAGAACAUCUUUCUGUCAGAGAAGACGAUGAGCGAGUACAAGUACCUUGGCGGCGAGAGUCCGAUGUUCAGGAAGGACCACUCGAAGCUUGAAAAGGAUACCAUCGUGCGCUUCAAGGUCAUGGGCUUCCGGUGGAUGGAAGCAGAUCGCCAGUUCCAGCUCCUCGCAACGCUGGCUGGUGAUUUCCUCGGGCCGCUGUGAAGCGGCUGCUUCCACAGGCUUAGCAUGCCCCCUGCUGUAUAUUUUGUUAUCCGGGCCGAUGGAUGAAUGUGUCUGUAGUGCGUUAAGUUUAACUUGCAGAGUGAACUUCGCUGUUGUAAUGACUGAUGGAACAUGGUUGGUUGGUGUAACCUGGGGCUGCUGACGCAAGCUCUAGCUGUGAUGCCAAUGGCAUUUGGCGAAUCAGCAUAAUGUGAACCAUGACGAACCUGCGUUUUAAAUUCUACUUGCCUGCAUGUGUUGUUGA